AUGAGACCAUCGACCAGCGUUUUGGUGCACCUGCUUGGGUUACUCUGCAUAUCCCAAUGCAGGCGAAGCAAUGCCGAAUCAACCAUUGUUUACCAUAAAGACCAAGAGGUCUCCUAUCAAGGCGUAUGCGACAAUAGCAUCGAGACCUUCCUAAGCAUACCCUACGGACAAGAUACAGGAGGCGAACACCGCUUCAAGCCACCUCGCCCAUACGUACCUCAACCCGGGUCUGUCAUCGACGCUCAAACCAACGGUCCAGCAUGCCCACAACCGCAUGGAGCGUUCUCUUUCCCUCUCUACCUGUCCAAUAUCACGGACAUCUCCGAGGACUGCCUUCAUCUCAACAUCUACCGGCCGAAAGGUACAUCGUGCAACGACAAGCUACCCGUAAUGUUGUACAUCCACGGCGGUAGCUUUUUCUUGGGCUCCAAGGAUGAGAUCUCCAUCCAACCUGAAGGACUCAUCCGAAGGUCGGUGGGGAUGGGGCAGCCAGUGUUGGCGGUUUAUAUCAACUAUCGUUUGGGAGUAUUUGGCUUCGCUCAGUCAACCGCAUUGAAGAGCGAAGGCUCGGAGAACGCUGGUCUGCGAGACCAAAGACUGGCCAUUGAGUGGACGCGAGACAACAUCGCCCACUUCGGAGGAGAUCCAGAUCAGAUCACGAUAUUGGGGCAGUCGUCUGGAGGUCUCGCUGUCGGCAUGCAAAUCAUGGCAUACGGCGCAAGCAAGCCCGUCCCCUUCCAGCGGGCGUCGUGCGAAAGCCAGGCCCUUGAGCCAGGUAUCACCGGCCACUUCACGCUUGACGCCAUGGGAGACGUCGCCGACUACACGGGCUGCAAUACGAGCUCCCUGCAAAGCGCGGAAACGGUUCGUUGCCUGCGCGGACUCGGCAUGAAGCAGCUUCAGCAUGCUCAAGAAACGACUCACAGGGAUGGCCCUGGGGCGAACAUAGGUGACCAGUGGCUACCUGUGGUCGAUGGAGAAGGAGGAUUCUUGCCCGAUGCACCGUCUAAGCUCAUUGCUGAAGGAAGGUUCGCUGAUGUCUCGUCGGUUAUGAUCGGCUGGUGUGAAGACGAUGGCAACUACUUCGUCGGCAAGCCAAAGACAGAUGCAGACGUCUUCAAGUUCUUCACCCGCUACCUGCCAGCCAUGACGCACAAGAACGUCCGUAGGCUGUUGGCGCUAUACCCUGCCUCUGACUUCUCCCACAGUCCGUCCGGAGACCUGCCCGCUCAAACCUACCGCGCCGGCCGGAUACUCCGCGACAUCGUGUUCACCUGCCAACCAAUCCACUAUGGCCAGGCCAUCGCCAAAGCAGGCGGGGACGUCUAUCUCUGGGACCAGAACCAGACGAUGUACGACGAGAUUCUGACUUCGCUGGGGACGCCGGGCUACGGCGUAAUCCAUACUUCGAACUUCGCCUACCAGUUCGGCAACCUCUCGCACUACGAUAUCGAUAACUUUCCGUACCACCCCAACGAGUCAGACUUCGCUUUGCGGGACCAUCAGAGCAGCUCGUGGGCGUCUUUCGUGAAAUUCGGGCAUCCUUCUGAUGCGAGAUAUCGGACGCUGAAAGGUUGGCAGCCGGGGGUCUCUCAGGAGGAUGAUGUCGAUGUGUAUGUGAUUGGAGGUCCGCAUGAAGGCCUGUUCGCAGAAGACGGGCCAGGGUCUGGACCUGUGUUCGCCGCACAGAAGUUGAAGGAGCGAUGCGCGUUCAUCAACUCUCCUGAGAUUAUACGGCAGCUGCAGUAUUAA